GUUCGACUGUUCGAGUGUAAAACAAAAACAAAGAAGAAACUUCGGUAGUUCGGUUAUCUCAUUAUCUUCUGUAUAAUCAUAAAUUUGUGAACUCUCAAAAUCUGAAAAUCUCUGAAAAAGUGGUAACAUAGGUAGUUUAAUAAUUCUAAAUUCCUUUCAGACAAUUAUCCUGUUUUUCAUAAAUUAGCACAAUGGUUUAUUCUACCGAACCCAAAUCCGACGGUGACAAGCAAAAGAACACUUUGGACAUCGGUCUGUUGGAAGAAGACGAUGAAUUCGAAGAGUUCCCAGUGGAAGAGUGGACUAGCCAAGAUGAAGAAGAUAAAGAGGCUAAUGUUUGGGAAGAUAAUUGGGACGAUGACAAUGUCGAGGAUGAUUUCAGUGUUCAAUUGAGAGCUGAAUUCGAAAAGCAAAAUAUUCCUGCUACCUUUUAAGUCUACUGGUCCAUAAUGUGGUGUUUUUGUGUUAAAUACAUGUACAAACAAAAAUUAUAAAUUCAUACAACUAAUAUAGCGUUAUUACUAUUUUUAAUA